UAAGCUUUGCUAUGCACAAGCAGGCGAUUAAUUCACUUUAGUAUAUUGUGAGCGUUUAAGGUUGAACAGUUCUUAGUGUUUAAGUUGUGUGGUGAAAAUGGCUACUUUAUGGACAAUUGUUCAAGUGAUGUUGUUCAUUAUUGCUCACACAAAUGGAUAUUGUUAUAGUAAGAGAGAAAUACGUAGUGAAUACAAUUCCAAUUACUACGAUUGCUAUUAUUGCAAUGUUACCCAAAAAAAUGGCGAAUGGACUGUUGAAGGAUUAGAUAUAUCUCUGAACGGUCAUACGAGAAUAAUUAGAAUAUCAAUGCAGAAUCUUAAAUUUAGUGACUUUACAUUGCAAACUGUCAUCACAGGUGAAUUUAAUUAUUUUAGUAUCGUUGAGGUGAUUAUUGAGGAUUCUCAAAUUGACAGAAUUGUAAACUUUGCUUUUCCUAAACAAAAAUUAUUUGGCUAUGAUACACGUGAUGUUAAUUAUCGCUUCGUAAGUUUUAAAAACAAUAAUAUAUCAACAAUUGAACCAAAUGCCUUUAGUAAUUUAGAAAGUGUUACAAAGUUUUCGUUUUCAAACAAUAUUAUCGGAAAUAAAAUAGGAGCUAUUACUUCGCUUAGUAAACUGGUUGGUGUGACGACUUUAGAUUUAUCAAAUAAUAACAUAACCAGUAUUUCCAAUGAGUUGAUUACUGCUAAUAAAAAUAUUCAACAUUUGAAUUUAUCAAACAGUCAGAUAUCACAAAUUGCUUUAGGUCGACUUCCUUCAUUGGAAAUUGUCGAUUUAUCAAACAAUUAUUUAGUCAGUAUUUCUAAUAGAAUGUUUCCGGAAAUUAGUGCAAUAAAACAUCUAAAUAUAUCAAACAAUCAAAUCAAUCAAAUAUAUCCAAAUACAUUUGCAAAUAUGCAAAGUUUAGAACAUUUAGAUUUGUCACACAACCAAAUAAAACACAUGCACAUUGCAUCUUUGCAUGGGUUAUUACAUUUACAAUCAUUAAAUCUAAGUUAUAAUCAAGUUACCGUUGAUAAAUAUUUGAUAUUUAAUACACCUCAAUUAUCAUUCUUGGAUAUUAGUUACAAUAAUUUAAGUGACAUUGAUGAAACUUUAUUUAAAGAAUCGCAUCUAACCUCAAUUAAUAUCGAUGGAAUGCACGUGAGUUGCAUAAGAUUAGUCGAAAUAGUCAAAUAUUUUAAAACAUUAAAUAUUAAUUAUGUAGUAGGAAAGGAACAAAAUCGUUUACAUCUAUUUGGAAUGCAUUGUAAUCAUUCCGAUGUAAUAGAAACCACUACAAACAUUAUUGAACCUACCAAUAUACCGAAUACUGAUAUUCAAUUGUCUAAUAUUAGUAAUAAACUAUCAGAAAUGUUAAACGUAUUAAAACAUAACAAUGAUAAAAACGUAAAUGUUAAUUCUACUCAAGCAGACACAACUACUACUACAAUUCUGUUAAUAUUACUUAUUUUAAUGCUUGGUUUUAUAAUUGUAUUCUUUCUUUACAUCUGGCGUACAUAUUUUGUUAAUUCCAAUCAAUAUGUACCAACUGAAAAUCUAAUCACUGACUUUGAAUUAUCUAAUAAAUAGUUUGCUUAUAACUAAACAAAACUAUCAAAUCAAUAUUGUAUUGUAAAAUAUCAUUAAGCUUAUAAUUGUAAUAAUUAGUUGUAAGUUAUUGUACAAGUAUAUCUAUUAUAAUGUAUAAACACUCGAGACACACUGCCCUGGGAUAUUUGUUCUUCUCUAACAAGCCAAAAACAAUACGCUCGCUACCGAGGACAACAACGAAUGGAUUUGGUGACAAUUCCUCAAGGCCUUCAACAACAACUUUCGCAGUUUGUCAGCGUCGAAACAAUUCAUGAGACAUUUAUGACAGCUUUAAAUAGCGGUUGAAGAUGAAUGUUUCAUCGCAUUCAACAACUCGCGCCCGAAGAAGAUUUAAGCAGUUUAAAUUGUUCCAAACUCUUUGUUUGGUUUCGCACUGCGUCAGAAGUACUUUUCCGUCAUUGCGAACGGCACAUCCUCUCCGAAAAGUUUCUCACCGGCUCACACACACACACACACAAAACCCGUUUACAUAGAGCGACUUGCGGACUCUUCAACUUUUCGCCGCCGCGCGCAUCCCUGGCAUCGCUGGUCUCACUCCGCGACGUGACUUUGGAUUUGUCAUUAUAAGCGCCGCGACCCGCAGACAAAGUGGAACAAAGUCGACUUUGUUCCGCACGACGGCGCCUCGCUCGUAAAACUUCGUACAGUAUUUAUCUUAUAAUCUCAUACAUAGUCAUAUACACAUCCCGCGUACAUGUGGGUUAUACGCGUUAAAUAUUUGAUUAAAGCUUUAACUACUCCCACAGA